GUGGCAUGUAUUCGGAAGAAAUAAAAGAAAAAGAAAAAUAUUGAGCGUCUGAAAUUUAGCAGCAUCAAAAAUAGCGUGAAAAAAGUGAUACGAAUAUACUUUUUUGCUAAAUUUACGUUAAAUAUUAAAACAAAAGUUUUCUACAAUUAAAUUUUAAACGUUAUUUCAAAGCUUCUUGACAGCCGGCAUUUUCGUGUCUUACAAAUGGGUGUUACUGUGCUUCAAACAUAUCCCGUUGAUAAAUCGGGUGCUCAAACGAUAGAAUUCCUCACAAAACGAAUAAUUGAAUUGGGAGCCACACCAGCUGGUCAUUUUUUAGUCGAUUGUGAUACUUGCAUGACGACGCCACAACUCGCAGGACAAAUGCGAACAUUACAUGUCUUGCACAACUCCGAAAUGCCUGCUUCUGUGUUUUCAAUUUUAGACACGGGCAACAAACAGAUUCCCGUCGUCGCAGAUAAUUUGUUCGAUUUGCUCAUUUGUAAAAUGACGCCAGCAAUGAAUGCCAAGAAACAACCAAAAAUCGAAUCGAAAGGUCCGAGAUUCGAAUACGGAGACUUUGUGAUAAAACUUGGGAGCGUUACAAUGGGUCAAAAUUUCAAGGGAAUUUUGGUAGAGUGUGAAUACAGACCUUGUUUCGUGCCAUCAACAUGCUGGGAGCUAAUACGAGAAUUCCUAACUGGAUUUUUGGGACCUCAAGUACCUCCAAGACUUUUGAAUCCGCAACACAUCAAAGCAAAUGAAAUUUAUCAACCGUUGGAUACAAUUCAGCAGUAUCUCGAGCAUUUUACAAAGUUUCGAAAACAGAGUUCCAUGUAAAUCAAAAUAAAACAAUAUGUAUUUAAUUUUUA